AUGGUAACCCUUCGAGCCGACGAAAUUAGUAAUAUUAUCCGUGAACGUAUUGAACAAUAUAAUAGAGAAGUAAAGAUUGUGAAUACCGGUACCGUACUUCAAGUGGGCGAUGGCAUUGCUCGUAUUCAUGGUCUUGAUGAAGUAAUGGCAGGUGAAUUAGUAGAAUUUGAAGAGGGUACAAUAGGAAUUGCUCUGAAUUUGGAAUCAAAUAAUGUUGGCGUUGUAUUAAUGGGUGAUGGUUUGAUGAUACAAGAAGGAAGUUCUGUAAAAGCAACAGGAAGAAUUGCUCAGAUACCUGUGAGUGAGGCUUAUUUGGGUCGUGUUAUAAAUGCUCUGGCUAAACCUAUUGAUGGGAGAGGUGAAAUUUCAGCUUCUGAAUCUCGGUUAAUUGAAUCUCCUGCCCCAGGUAUUAUUUCGAGACGUUCUGUAUAUGAACCUCUUCAAACGGGGCUUAUUGCUAUCGAUUCGAUGAUCCCUAUAGGACGCGGUCAGCGAGAAUUAAUUAUUGGGGACAGACAGACUGGAAAAACAGCAGUAGCUACAGAUACGAUUCUUAACCAAAAAGGGCAAAAUGUGAUAUGUGUUUAUGUAGCUAUUGGUCAAAAAGCAUCUUCUGUGGCUCAGGUAGUGACUACUUUUCAGGAACGAGGGGCGAUGGAAUACACCAUUGUGGUAGCCGAAACGGCGGAUUCACCUGCUACAUUACAAUACCUCGCUCCUUAUACGGGAGCGGCUCUGGCUGAAUAUUUUAUGUAUCGUGAACGACAUACUUUAAUAAUUUAUGAUGAUCUCUCCAAGCAGGCACAAGCUUAUCGCCAAAUGUCUCUUCUAUUAAGAAGACCCCCUGGUCGUGAAGCUUAUCCAGGAGAUGUUUUUUAUUUGCAUUCGCGCCUUUUGGAAAGAGCCGCUAAAUCAAAUUCUCGUUUAGGUGAAGGGAGUAUGACUGCUUUACCAAUAGUUGAGACUCAAUCUGGAGACGUUUCAGCUUAUAUUCCUACUAAUGUAAUUUCCAUUACAGAUGGACAAAUAUUCUUAUCCGCCGAUCUAUUCAAUGCUGGAAUCCGACCCGCUAUUAAUGUGGGUAUUUCUGUUUCCAGAGUAGGAUCCGCAGCUCAAAUUAAAGCCAUGAAACAAGUAGCUGGCAAAUCAAAAUUGGAACUAGCGCAAUUCGCGGAGUUAGAAGCCUUUGCACAAUUUGCUUCUGAUCUCGAUAAAGCUACUCAGAAUCAAUUGGCAAGAGGUCAACGAUUACGUGAGUUGCUUAAACAAUCCCAAUCAGACCCUCUCACGGUGGAAGAACAGAUAGUUACUAUUUAUACCGGAGCGAAUGGAUAUCUUGAUCCGUUAGAAAUUGGACAGGUAAAGAAAUUUCUCGUUCAGUUACGUACCUACUUAAAAAAGAAUAAACCUCAAUUCCAAGAAAUUAUAUCUUCUACCAAGACAUUCACCGAGCAAGCAGAAGCCCUUUUGAGGGAAGCUAUUCAGGAACAGAUCGAACUGUUUUUACUUCAGGAACAAACAUCAACUUCUCCCUCUUAUUCUUAG